GUUUAGACUAUGACUGAGGAUAUUUACCCAUUGUUCGGAUGGGAAGACCCUGUUCCGAAUGAAUUUAAGGAGAUCUUCUCCAAGUGCACCAAGUAAGAGUUUAAUUGAUAAUUGUUCUUUUAGUGAGUCAGACUCCCGAAAGUGUAGUAGCACAUUAGAAGAAUCAUUAAGUAGUUGAGUUAUAUGUAUGUUUUUAGUAGUUGACGAAGAUUACGAGAUAAUAGGAAGAAGCCAAAAUGAAAAUUCAAUCUGCCCACUCUGUUAUCAAAAUGUACAAUAAGGCAAUACUCAAUUGUACUCCAAUCUACUUUCCCAGUAUUUUGAUGUGCACACUCAAUGUGCCCUCACAUGCAAACAUAAAACAGCAUAACUUGCAUUGUUAACAGAUUAAAUCAAGCAUGCUCAAAUAAUGGAGAGAGUGCCAGUAGACUAUGACUUAUUGGAUUUGAAUGUCAAAGUCUUCAUAGAAUUCAGAAUAUUUCACACUAUUGCUCAACAGCCAUAUCUCAACCUCACUCACUCCACAACUCUCAAAUAGAAGAAAAACACUUCUAUUUUGAUAGAUUAUGCAAAUCUGAGAGAGUAUUUUGGAAAAAGACAGAAGCACCUUGUACCAUUGAUGUAAGGUCGUAUUCAAAUUGAUGUUCACAUCAUGGAUAGUAAUCUUAUGCAGGAAGCAAAGAAUGUCCAUAGUUAUGAAUUCUACUACAAUGCAAGCAAAGUUUCUAGCGAUUACAUUUGUAUUGGAUAUGAUGACAUAUGCAUUUCGAUGUAGAGGGAAGAUGAACACAAUCAACCAUUGUUGUGUUUAAAAUCACUUUAAAUCAACUUGUCCCCAGACAUUGCUAAAUAUUUGACCAAGCAAUCACCAAAGUCCUCUCCCAUUGUUGAUUCAUUCCUUUUCUCACCCAAAACACGUAAUUUCACUCCUCAAGUGGGUCCUACUCAAUAAAGAGUUCGUUUCUAAUCAUUCCAAUUGGAAGAGUAGACACAACCAGAUGAAUGGACUGAAGAUAUAUAAAGUUUUGAGUAAAUACGGGGCAACAUAGUCAAUUUUGUAAAGACUUAACAGGGGAGUCGUCUGAUCCAAAAACAUUUCACUACUUGUACUCAAAUAGAGUUGGAUCAAUUAUUGCAAGAGAUAGGUCCAAAUAUAGGGGAUUUAAUGAUUGAUCCUUAUGCCAAUUAUAUGUUCGGUAGUUUGAGUUAAAGUUGUGCUCCCCAUUAACGAUUAUAUAUUUUACAAACAGUAACAUUUUAUAAAUAUAUAUUUUUCAGAUUUCCAAUCGCUUGGUUGAUAUUGCAUGUGAUAAAAAGGGUACUCAUGCCAUUUAAUCUUUGGUUUCUUUGAUAUCAUCAAAAUAAGAGGAGGAAAUGGUUGAAAAUAGCAUAAAGAAUCACAUAAUUAAUCUCACUUUAGACAGUCAAGGAACACAUUUGAUCAAGAAGAUCAUAGCGAGAUUUUCGGAGGAUCGUUUGAAUUUGAUAUUUAGCAAAUUAAUGGAGAAAUUCAUUUAGGUUGUCAAUCAUCAGUUUGGACUUUGUGUGUUGAAGGAUCUCAUAACUAAAUUUAAAAACAAUCAAGAGAAAUGCAACUUUAUUUUAAUUAAGAUGCGUGAUCAAUUGGAUGACAUAGUAUAAGAUCCCUUUGGUAAUUAUGGUGUACAACAUGUAAUCGAUGUAAAUUAUAAAUAUCUAUAUAUAAGGUCUAUGGAGAUUUGAAAUGCACUCCUAUAAUUGAUAAAAUUUUGUAGAAAUUGGUACAACUCUCGAUCCAUAAAUAUUCUUCGAAUGUUGUGGAGAAAUGCAUGUUAGAAACGACGGCAAAAACUUAGAAACGAUUCAUCAAGCAAUUGUCACAAGACGUCAUUUGUUUGGAAUUGAUGAAAAAUAAGUUUGGAACCUUUGUAUUACAGAAGGCGCUUCAGGAAGCUGAGAAAUUAGGCGAAGGAGAGGUAUUGCAAUAGGCUCUUUAGCGUAACUUGCCUUCCAUUUAUGCUCAGAGCAUUAGGCAGAAGUGGAUGGAUUACUUAACUAAGAAGUGA